AUGCCUCGAAAAUCCUCAAGAAUAGAAGAAAAACAAAAAUUAAAAGAAGCCACAGCGAAAGUCGCAGUUCCCCCUAUUAAGGGGAAGGCGACCAAGAAGACGAGCAAGACGAAGGCUGUUAAAAAGCAUGGUAACUCACGUAAAUCUACCUCUACCAACAAAAGGAGCAGAACUUCCGUUGUUGAACCAAAGAAACUUCCAAACCCGAAACAACGAGGGUAUCUUGAGCAUUUUGCGAAACAAGCACCUUUGGACGUCAUGCUGGAGAUUUUCUCGUAUUUAUGGCCUCGCGAGAUCCUCUUCCUAUCGCGAACCAGCAAGGCUUUACGCCACAUACUCAUGUCCAAAUCAUCCGCAUUAAUUUGGCGUGCUGCCCGAAAUAAUGCGGGGUUGCCACCGUUACCGCCAGAUUUAUCGGAGCCUCAAUACGCAUCCUUAGCUUUUGAUCCUUAUUGCCAUGCAUGUGGUCGUGGUCCUUGUGAUUCAAUCUUCUGGAAAAUCAGGGUAAAAUGUCAUAAGAAGUGUAUUGAGACCAUGUUUUACCCAUUAUCGCGCCUCCCUAGCGUUGUCAAAGGUUGGUCUGAAGUUGAAGCAAUGAUCAAGCUUGGUAUGAGGGAGGGGUUUUUACCGCGCCUUGAGGGCUGGGCCGCUUUCUUGCCAUCUGUGAUCGAAUCGUUUUAUGCUCAGUAUAAGGUGGUGAAAGGAGACGCAGGAUCACUUAAAGAAUGGUCUUCCGCGAAGAAACGAGAAUAUAUAUCGAUUGCUAAGCACAGUGAACUGUGCGAGCGAUGGCAACUCCAGAGAAUCGAAGAUCGGAAAACAGAACUAGACGAGCUUCGUUUGCAAAGGGCUAAUGUGAUUAUCGGGAGAUUGUCCGAAGACGGAUGGGAUAUCGGAGACCUCAGAGCUCUUGAACACUUGCACUACUAUUCAAUUUACAAACCCGUUGCGUUUGACGAAGAGACCUGGCCUGGGAUUUAUGCCCAUCUCACCGAAGCCUUGGUUCGGGUCAAAGAUGACCGGUUGAAAAGGGAAGAGAAAGAAGUAUUUGCGAAGAAUCAUAGACUGCUCAGGCGCGUCUUCGAUUCGUUUCGCAAACAAGACACCCGUUUCAAUGUUAUCCCCAUCGGUGACGUUGUUCUCGCCUCCGCAAAGCUUAACGGACUGCUUUGGCGGCUUCCAUGCGACAAAGAAUUGGAGGUUGAGUUUACGAAUGUUCUCAGUGAUGAACUCCCUGGCAUUGCCCAAGCAUGGACUGAUAGGGUGGAACAGGACCUUAUCUCCGUUCUGCAGAAAGAAGUGCCAGAUGCAAAAAUCGGAACGCUGAGCUCUGUUUGCUCAGUAUUUCAAUGCCGGCGUUGUUUAGAACCGCUGUGGUAUCCAUUUAUACUUGGACAUCAUUGCUUUCGUCGCGGCGGUGUCGAAGGUCAACAUCUCGAGACGAAAUUGACACAUACCUGUAUCAGCCAGUCUAAGUGGCACAAUAUCUUUGAUCCAUUCCGUGAAACGAAUCCUUGGGACCUAUGGUAUAUGGACUCGACCCGCAUUUUGUAUUCAAGUUCUACCAAUUUCUCGAAGCGUAUGAAGUCCAUACUCUCUCUUUGCGGAUUCAACCCUGAAUCGACGUCGAUGGAUGAAAUGCUCAAGGCCGAUCCCUUGUUGAAAUGUUCCGAAUGCCGUCUUCGUUACUCUUACUACAAGGAGGAAACCAUAGGAUGGACAAUAGCGGUAUAUCAUUGUAAUCACGGAUCAUCCCAGCUAUCGAUGGUAGACCAAUCAAACCCUGACAUGCAAGCUUUCGUUCUGAGGAAUGCCCUCAGUGAAGAAGCUCGUAUUAUUCGCAUGCGCACCUAUAAUGGAGUGAGGACCGACUAUUUCUCGUUCUUUUGUAAGCUCUGUCGAGGGGGUUCGGAACAAUAUGAUUUCAUCUCUUACGGCUCCCUCAAGGCUCAUAUGAAGGCUAGGCAUGAGAUCACAGAUGAGGAUACCAUAAACAAGAAUUGGGAGGUCAACCCCGCUUCGGGCCUUGGUCUUCAUUCUCACCGCAUGCCCUUUGUACAAUAA